GUAGAAGAGACAGAGGAUCCCGCGAGGCGCCGCUGGGAUCUACAAGGGGUCCAAAUCUAAGUUUAAAACGACCAACCGCCACCAUGAACGGCGUGUACGGUGACAAACCGAACGUCGAUAAUAUUCCAGCAAAAGAUGGAGACGUCAAGAUGGAAAGCCCUGAGAAGAUUUCACAGAAGCGAUUGAUGGGCGGCAGUGACAACGAGCAGCAUAGCGGCAGGUUCUACAAAAUGCUACGAGUGGAUGCGGAGGGGUGGAGCGGGCGCCAUUGUACAGUAACUCCCAGGCAUCACAAUGAGGCGGCAGCACAUGCAGAUACGAGCAUCGUCCCAGUUAUAAAACCAAACACUGUCGCUGAGAUGGUUCUUAUGCACCAAUGCUGCUGUGGGUGCACCCUCAGAAUGUGCACGAUUAUCAUUGCCAUCUUGUUUGUGAGUUUAAGCUUUGUGCAGAUAGGAACAUCAAUGUACUAUUUGCUCACCUAUCAGGACAUCUAUGAUGACGUGAAUAGAGGAGAGUUGGUUAUUAAGACACUCCUGACAGAAGUCCUUGUGUAUUCCGCUAUGCAGGCUAUCUGUAGUGUACUUCUCCUUUAUGGAGCAAUUAAGGAAAAGUCUGGCAUGGUUCUUCCGUGGAUCGCUACGGAAAUCCUGGUGACCAUAGUAAUGGCUGUAAUAGGCGUUAUCGUAUACACUGGUGGUUUUUCGGAUAGUGCAAUCGCUGUUGUUGACCUUAAAGUACGAGUAUUUGUUUGUAUCAUCAUCUAUGUGUUGUUCAACCUGUACUCUCUGGUAGUCGUGUGCAGCUACUACCGGACUCUCCGUGAGAAACCAGAUACUGUCAAGCUGAUAGCGUACAGAGGUGUGAACUGAGGUCAUUACAGUCUCCAUGACUUACGUGAACCGUGUAGCUGGUGAAACUGCUCUUGACUCAGGCUUUUUCUUAUGAAUACAUCUGUGCAUACUGAAGGGACCAAAGUUAUAAGGCAUCGUUAUUGGCUCUGACAAUGAAGAUAGAAUCCAGGUUCAACGUUUACCACGAAUAUUGUCUUCACUUUAGUAGUCACAUACCUCUGGCUCAACUUGCCGUUUCCAUUUUCAGAAACAGAGAAUUUCAUAAAUGUUUCCAGAGAUCAUUGAAGCGCACAAGAAUUCAUUUCGGACUGUUUCCCAUAA